AUGAGAUUCAUCGUCAUUUUCUUCGCGACUGGCAGCCUACUGGCAGGGCCAGGCUUGCCCAACUUUGCCCACGCUGCGCCUCUAAAGGGCUGUCUUGGAUGUAUCGAAGGCACCAGCUCUCGUUUCUCCGAGGCCGCGCAACACGGCUCGCACGAGCGCGUGGGCGUGGGCGUGACAAACAUGCAUCACGACUAUUUGAGCUCCAGCGACAUUCACCGUACCUACGCUGACCCGAAUGAGGACCCGCUCAUGCUGUACGGACAUCCAGCGUUUCAAAGGCAACCAAAUCAUGGUGAAGCGGAUGCUCAACUUCAUGGCGGCAGCCUCGUGUCCGGUCCAAGUCUCGUAUCCGGAAGUGGCCGUCAUAGAGAGGUCAGGGCGCACUUUGCGACGCCCGGCACCGAGUGGAAAUACAAGGGCACAUAUUUGAAGCAAAAGAAAGGACCAAGUGUGGGAAUGAGGCUGCCAGUGUCGAAAGAUGACUUGUUCUACGAUGCAACGCAUGGUGGUGGCGUCGUGGGAAAGAUUCACCUCCCAAGGGGAAUGAAGAAUCAAAAAGGUCUCUACGACAUUACGAGAAACAAUGUUCCCGCGUAUGGCACCGCUAUGCGACCCAACAGAGACCAAGCGCUCGAUGCGAUGCGAGAUAUGCGAAAUGCUCGUCCAUCUCCUUCAUGGCAUGCGCCCCAUCAGUGA